AUGGCUGCAUAUCUCAUCGGGACGUUCAGUGGCAAUCCAUCACACACAUUUGUCUCGCUAGCGAUUCGUAUUUUGCAUGGAUUGAAUCCUGCAGAAUGUAGCCAUGCUCCUGCGUACCGAAGGAUUCUUGCGAUUGGCUACGAUCUUGAUAUAAAUAACUCUCUCCGGCUGUCAACACCUCCCAUACCGCGCGCCUCGAAUAUACCGCAGAGCCUUCCCGAUGACUGCAUAGAUCACUCGAUUCUAUACCUUCCCUAUGGAGUCCUAGGAAACUUUGACUUAUUGGAUACAUUCUGCAAGUUUUCAACAAUCAAACUUCAUGUAUAUCGAGAACUUUACUCCACGUCUGCUCGCGAAAAAAGUGACUCGGAGGUUAUUGCAGCUGUCGGGAAACUUGAUUCGCUUCUUCAAGACUGGAAGGACAAUGUGCCGAAGGAAUAUCGGCCGGACACUGCCCAACCCGAAGACGUUGAGAGCAAUUACACGGGCAACGUGGUCAAUGGGCCUGAAACCUCUUGGUCAGUUUCCAUCCAUCCGUUCGUCGAAUCCACGAGUCUUUAUAUCAGCCCAGCUGUGCGCGCGUGCAGCACGAACAUCAAUGCGGCUAGUCCACCACAUUCCCCGAGACCAUACGCUCUUUGCCGGUUAUGA